AUGCCGUUGACGGAGGUUCCAGUUUUCUUCACGGAUGCAGGGCCGCCUCCCUCCCUCACAUUUUUGACGGCGUGGACGUUAUUGCUGGGCGCGUCGUUUGUUGUUUUUGGGGUGGCGCGGCCCGCCGUGCGUGGCACAAGAGCGCCCACGGCCGGUGAAAAAGAGGCGGCAUUAUUGCCAUUGUGGUGGGUGCAGCAGCUGCAUUUGUCCGUGGCGUCUUGGGCCCUGUUUGACUUGGUUCAUCGCAUCCUCUCCUACAUCUUUCUCCCUUCGCGAGUGCUGUGGCGACGACACAUGCUGCCGCUUCCCGAUGGAAGCUUUGGCGCGUGUGUGAAUCAGCUCCGCCUUUCAUUCCUCUGCGUGGGGCAAGUCGGGGACGCGCAUCGCACCUGUGCGGAUUGGCAGCUUCCCACGACGUCUUUUGCCUCGUCCACUGCGCCUCGUGGCACCACUGGUGCUCCAGGCGCCGCGCAGCGGGGCAUCGAGGAAGGCGGGUCCGUGAGCAACACGGAAUGGGAAUACUGCCAAGGGGUGGCACUUGCAUCCUUGCUGGCGUCGAUGCUGAUGUUAUUGCUUGCUUGCAGAACGAUUUUCCGCCUUAUUCCAUUGCGUCCGAGUGAAACUAGUAUGCACGAAGACGACUGCAGUGAAGAAGAUACCACGUCGGACGAAGAAUUGAGCUCAGCGUCAGAAGAGGACCUUUGGUGGGGUUUGGGGGACCCCGACGAUGCCUGUCUCUUGAGCCCUGAAGCAAUUGUAGCUGAGCAGCGUUGGAAAUCAAUGGAGGCAGGAAAAAGACACUCCCAACAAAGCCAACGCGAGCGAGAGAGGGAAAAGGAAAGGAGUGCUAUUCGUAUUCUGCUGCGUGAAUAUUGGCCUCCUUUGCUUUCGGUGUGCUAUGCUGGACUCUACGCCUUCACUGGGGGCAUCUCAUUAUUGUUGCGCCGGGUGUAUCCCGUUUGCGUCAUUCUCGUGGCUCUGUGUGGCAUGAUUGCCUAA